GCAGGGAACAUGUUGCGUUUGUAAGAAAAUCGAAAGUCCUUCAGGCAAACUGUCGUAACGCGUGCGUGACGCGUUUCCUUUCCACUAUCAUAUCAUUCCACCUCAGGGUGUAUCAUUCACGGGGCCCGCAGAUCACAGAUUGCUGUAGGCUAUUACAGGAUUCUCAAGAUGGAACCACGGACUCUUCAAGCCGAUCCUAAACAGCCGCAAUACUUCGUCCACAUACCCUAGAAGAAUUUCUUUAGCCAACGUAAAACCUGUCAAGAAAACUAGUUGGCCUCACCCUUGCUUGCUCUUUUGCGUCGUCUAUCCGUUGUUGAGGAUCUUCCGCCGCAUAGUCUACCGUCUUGUCUGCAGCGUCUUCUGCGACCUUUUCUACAUAUUUAUCGCUCGCUAGUUUCGUCAGUCUCUCCUGCUCGCCUGCAUGAACAACGAAUGGUCAGAACGUCGUUGUUCAUGCUGAAUGCUGUCAGUCUCGGGGAAAAACUUUUACUCACUCAUUGGCGGUUUCGGAGGCGGUUGUUCAUCAUUCACUACACGGUCACGUUUCAGUAAAGAUAAAAGACUUGUGCUCUUUCAAUAGCCUACCUGGAUGGCGUCUGGUAUUUUCAUGAACUUGGUGGUCGGUCAUGUUGUAUACGACGGUGGAGAGCGGAGGCGAAGAGAGUGACGGGAAUGUUUUUAGCGAGAAUGUUUGUUUGAACAAGGCAGUUUGACAGGACCUUGUUUUCACUCAAGUUACGCAGAAAUCGCGUAACUGCAAUACAGUUACUUGAGCGUCUAAGUAGCGCCCGACGUUGAUCUGUCUGGUUCGGUUGACCUUCUUGAUCAUACAUCUGCUGCCCUUGACAGACGUGUGGUUCUCCUUCUUCGCACGAACGACAAGCCAUGAUAGCCGCCUACUUACUGAGCUCGUUCAAGCUGCAUUUGUGAAUGAAGCGUUCACCCGCAGUUUGCUUGGCCCCUUUUCCCGCCAGAACGAACUAUGGCUCCCAAGUUGAUUACUUGAUGGACCAGAUUGUAACGACGAUUGUCCGUACCGCCGACUCGUAUAAAAGGAUGACCACCAUCCGCGGGACGCCAUCAUUCCGUGUUUCGCCCAGCCAAAAACUCAUCAAACGCACAUCUCAUCAAUUCACCCAUCCUCCAACUCUGCAGAACUAAAAAUCGCGAUAUUCGCGAGUUGGUCAAGAUAUUCUAUUCAUCCACGUCACUCCUCGCACCUCCAUCCACCUACCGCGACCUCGACGCUCUGUCCCAAUGGGUCCAUCUUCGGAUCGACAUCAACUCGAUGCGUUUCAUUGGAGGAUGCUGGCUUGGCCUCCGGGCUAUCCACAGACGCUUCAAAAAUCACACCAUCUCCCUCCAGAUCCGUUUCUAAUGCGCCGACAGAGCCCACGAUCCACUCCUUCAGCAUUUCAUCACCUCAGCUCACCUCAUCGCGUUGGCGGGCAUCCUCUCGGAGGAGAGCAUCCCACACGCCUUAGAGACCUGGCUAUCCGGUGCUCCAUCUUUUCGCACAUUUAGACGAUUAUGGCAUUUUCACAAGAGAGUGGCGGCUUCCACAUUUGGAAAGUUCGAUGGUUUGGUAUUCCGGAGGAUAUAAGUCUAUUCCCUCACGUCUCGUGCAUCUAAAGAGCGCGACGUCUAUGGUGGAGUACAGCAAAACGAUGUUACCAGCUCUCGAAGCCAUCCUUGUACAGGGUGUCCUGUUACGAUACCAAGCCUUCUCCCCAAGUUACUUCACCACGCUAUCGUUAUUCGAUGUCAUCCGGCUUAACAGGAAGGAGUUUUUCCAGAUUCUCGCUACGAAUCGGUGUACUCUCCACAUACUAGAAUUGGGUCAGGACUUUGUCCUGUUGAAUAUGUUUAUGUUUGAGCGGCCCUUGACGCUUCCAUACUUGCCCAUACUUUCGGUGUCGGUGCUUGAUGCUCGGAGUUGGUGUCGCUUGCUGGGUCGGUGGAGGUAUCAUGGCCCUCGCAUCUGUCGAUGAUGGAUAUAUUUCAUCGACUACUUGUGUUCGAGAUGGAGGGUACACGACGUCAUACUUAUUGCGAGAAACCUAUUUUGGAUACUUAUUUUACUCGCAUGAGAGGAACCGUAUCUCGCUUUAAAGUGAGAGCAGGUGGAAUGUCGUUGAUUGGGGGUUGGAUUCAUG